AUGGAAUGUAGAUAUUCUGGUUCCUAUAAUAUCUCACAUUCAAAAAAACGCAAGUUAAUGGGCACUCAAAAAAUCCGUGCUGUAUCAGCAAUGCUUGAUAAACAUAUUGAUCCUUCAGUUUUCAACCGCAAGGAAGCAAAACGUUUGAUGAAAGAGGGAGAUUCUACCCCAGCUCAAAUACCAAACAAUCAAACUCUAAGAACAGCUAAGAGUAGAGCAGUGAAUGCCGAACGGUAUCAUUCCAAUCCAAUAGUUGCUGUAAAUAUUAUGAAACAUUGUGAAACUUAUUGCUCAAUUAUUCGAAAUGUUGGAUACGAUGGGUUUUUUGUUCAUUUUUGGAGCAACCUGCAAUUACAGAUAUACAAAGAAUGCUAUUCUAGAGUCAAAAUACCAACUAUGUCGUUUGAUGCAACGGGUGGUUGUUGUAAGAAAAUUAAGAGGUCAAAUGGCGAUCAAAGUAGUCAUCUGUUUUUGUAUGAAGGUGUUAUGGAAAUAGAAGGUAAAACAUUUACUGCACUAUCAAUGAUUUCAGAACAACAUGAUACAUUAUCCAUAUACUCUUGGUUGGACCGUUGGCUUAGAUGUGGCAUUAAACCACCAAAAAUGAUUGUAUGUGAUCAAUCAUUAGCACUAAUGUCAGCCAUCGUUCAAUCAUUCACACAAUACAAGUCACUACAGGCAUACUUAGAAUCAUGUUACAAAUUAAUUUUUAACCCAAAUGAUAGAACUUGCUCUGUAUCCACAUGCUAUAUUAGAAAUGAUGUAAACCAUUUUAUUCAUUUAAUAACAAAAUGGACUCCUUUGAAAAAUGUUAAGUUUGCUCGAACAAAAUCACUGUUUGUUAGAUCCAUGGCACUAUUAAUAUACUGUAAUUCAAUUGAAGAAGCCAAUAAAAUACUCAAAGCUAUUUUUAAUGUAGCUUUAAGUCAAUACGAUGGUCGUAUUUUAAUAUCAAAUAAACAAUUAACAGAAGAUACUAUAUGUGCCUCGAGUAAAAAAUAUCUGCAAUCUUUGAUUUCCAAUAAAAUGGCAUACCUGCAGGAGUAUGAUACCUUUAUUGAUGAAAAUAGUACAGCCAAAGAACUUUCCGAAGAUCAUGAUCUUGAAGAUUUACGUGAAGAUUUUUUUGGUUCAUUUGAGAUUUGGGCAUCAUCAAUAGCUGAGCAAUGUAAAAUGGAAGUUCAAACAAAUGAAGGUGAUAUUGACAAUGCACAAUAUACUCCAGAAAUUGUGCCUCUUAUAAUUAAGUCCAUGAAGUUAUAUCCUUGUUGGUCAGGUAUCAUGAGAAAAACAUUUGGUUUUGGAGAAGCUUCAGCUUCCAGUUCCCGGAUAGAAAGUAAUUUCAAUCAACUAAAAAAUAGAGUUUUUAAAAGUGAUAAUUUACCAUUAAGAAUUGAUACAUUUUUAGACAAGAUUAUUUCUUAUUAUAAAGGCGAUCACUUACUGAUACAAAAUAAUAUUCCGCUUAAAAAAAUAUAUGACACUAACACAAUUCCAUCAAAUCAAUCAAGCGAUUCUGAUAGUAAAAAUCAGAAUGAAAAUGCUGAGUAUAUAAAAGUUGAUAAAAUUCAUAUAGAUACAGUGACACUUGAUAAAGAUUCAAAUACAUUUUUAGAAUGUAAUACAGAAACAAAUGCUGAAGAACCAUGGCAAAAGAAAAGGAUGUCAACAACAAUUAAAAAUAGUCUAUCAACAAAAUCUUACCUUAAACCGCAAGCAGGAUUUGAGCACCUCGAUGUCAACAAAAAAGUAUCAGAAAAACAAAUUGUAUUUUUAAAAAAUGGAAAUGAAUUUAACAACAGUAAAACUCAUAAUGAAAAUGCUGAUGCUGAGUACGAAAACAUUGAUAAAAUUCACAUAGAUACAGUGACACUUGAUAAAAAUUCAAAUACAUACAUUUGUAAUUAUACAGUUACUAACAAUUUAGAUGAAAAGUUAAAUGAAAAUCAACAAAUCAAUGAAGAAGUAUCAGGUAUCCUACAUCCAUGUUUAGCGUGUAGUAAUGGUAAUUUUCCUACAGGAGCCCAUCGUUGUGUACAAUGUACCAAGCCAGUUCAUUCAUUUGGCUGUUCAGUAAAAAAUAUAGAUAGUGAUGAGGAAUAUGUUGAGACACGGAUUUGUUUGACCUGUGUAGAAUGUAAUACAGAAACAAAUGCAGAAGAACAAUGGCAAAAGAAAGGGAAGUCAACAACAUUUAAAAAUAGUCGAUCUAAAAAAUCUUACCUUAAUCCACAAGCAGGAUUUGAGAACCUCAAUCUCAAUAAAAAAGGAUCAGAAAAACAAAUUGUAUUUUUAAAAAAUGGAAAUACUUUUAACAACAAGCCUCAAACAAUAAAAAACAUAGGAAAAGUUGUAUUAAGAAAUACUUGUUCUGUUGAUUCUAUAUUAACAUCAUUGGCCUAUGCAGCUGCAGACAGUAGUAACUAUCUCUCAUUCUUGGUAAAAAAUGAAAAAUCUGAUAGAACAGCAAAAUUUAUAACUAGAAUGUUAAGUACAAAAAAUGUAAAAAUAACUAGUUUGUAUAAAGAACGAAUAGAAUUAUUGGCACUGCAUUACCCAUAUAAUGAUAAAGAGCAUACUCUAGUAGGUAAUAUACAACUAAUUGAUGUUAUGGGAACAUUAAAAUCUACAGCAACAAAACUAUUCAACAAAUUGCCAUCAUAUACAAAAGUGAAUGUUUGCAAAAAUAUGUUAUGUCCUAAUUAUAUGACUGUACAAAAAUACCCAGUCCUUUCGUUAUGUGCUUUUGAUGGUUACAUAAAUGUACAAGAAGAAAUUGAAAAAUACUUUUCAACUGAAGAAAUAGACUGUAUUGAAUGUCCGUCAAGAAGGAAAUACACAUUCAAUCCAAAAUCCCAUAUAUUGAUUGAGCUUUUGUCACUUCCAAAAGAACUUGAAGCAUCGACAAGUUACGCAGACAUUUCUGACAUCUGUAAUGUUCCACAAAAUUAUACAAAACCAGUUUUAUGGGACUUGGAGGCAAUACCGAAAAUAUUAAUAAUAAAAACAAAAGAAUAUUAUUUAAGAAGUGCAAUCGUAUUUGAAGUGUACGAUGACCUUAAAGAAACAGCUACAAAAAAUCCCCAUGGAAAAAAACAAAAUGUAGAGUUUUUAAUAUACACAAUAUAA